GCGCACGCCGUUGGCCGGCGCAAGCGCGCGGUCGCGCGUGUGUGGGUGUGGGAGUCGGAGGACCCGGAUGCGCCGCAGGUGACGGUCAACGGCCAGUCCGUCUCGCAGUUCUUCGGCGGGCACUGGGACCUGCGGUACGCGGCGCUGUCGCCAUUCUUCAAGACGCAGACCGCGGGCCUCUACUCGGUGAUGUCGACCGUCCGGGGCGGCGGCCGCUCCGGCCAGGCGGAGGCGCUCCGGCUCGGCAUCGCCACCGCGUUGCAGGGCCUCAACUUUGACCUGCGGCCGACACUAAAGUCGGCCGGCUUCUUGACUCGCGACCGGCGGCAGCGCGAGAGGAAGAAGCCGGGCCAGGCGGGCGCGCGGAAGAAAUUCGCGUGGGUGAAGCGCUGA